AUGUGGCCCGGUCAGGCCAUGACCCUCAAGGUCAACCAGGUCGUCCACCACGAAAAGUCCAAGUACCAGGAUGUCCUCAUCUUCGAGUCGACCGACUACGGCAUGGUCCUCGUCCUCGACAAUGUCAUCCAGUGUACCGAGCGCGACGAGUUCUCGUACCAGGAGAUGAUCACCCACCUGGCCAUGAACUCGCACCCCAACCCCAAGAAGGUCCUCGUCAUCGGUGGCGGUGACGGUGGUGUCCUCCGUGAGGUCGUCAAGCACGAGUGUGUCGAGGAGGCCGUCCUCUGCGACAUUGACGAGGCCGUCAUCCGUCUCUCCAAGAAGUACCUCCCCGGCAUGGCCGUUGGCUACCAGCAUCCCAACGUCAAGACCCACGUCGGCGACGGCUUCAAGUUCCUCGACGACAAGAAGGGCGAGUUCGAUGUCAUCAUCACCGACAGCUCCGACCCGGAGGGCCCCGCCGAGGCUCUGUUCCAGAAGCCCUACUUUGAGCUGCUGAAGGGUGCCCUGAGAGAGGGCGGUGUCAUUACUACCCAAGGUUGUAAGCACCCUUUCCUAUGGCUGCACCUCCCCUUGAUCACCAAGCUCAAGCAGGACUGCAAGCAGGUCUUCCCCAACGUCGAGUACGCCUACACCACCAUCCCCACCUACCCCUCUGGCCAGAUUGGUUUCAUGGUCUGCUGCCUUGACGCCAACCGCAACCUCAAGAAGCCCGUCCGCCAGUGGUCUGAGGCCGAGGAGGACAAGCUGUGCAAGUACUACAACAAGGAGAUCCACGAGGCCUCGUUUGUUCUGCCCAACUUCGCCAAGAAGGCCCUCAAGUAG